CUGCACUACGGGACCCUCCUGGGCAGCAGAGCUUGUGUCCACAUGGCAGCAGCUGCCUGGGGCAGUGGGUUUCUCAAUGCUCUCCUGCACACGGCCAAUACAUUUUCCCUACCCCUCUGCCAGGGCAAUGCCCUGGACCAGUUCUUCUGUGAAAUCCCCCAGAUCCUCAAGCUCUCCUGCACAGACUACUACUUCAGGGAAGCUGGGCUUCUUAUGGUUAGUGUCUGUUUAGGCUUUGGAUGUUUUAUUUUCAUUGUGCUGUCCUAUGUGCAGACCUUCAGGGCUGUGCUGAGGAUCCCCUCUGAGCAGGGACGGCACAAAGCCUUUUCCACGUGCCUCCCUCAUCUGUCUGUCAUCUCCCUGUUUCUCAGCAGUGUCAUGUUUGCCUACCUGAAGCCCCCCUCCAUCUCCUCCCCUGCUCUAGACCUGGUGGUGGCAGUCCUGUACUCAGUGGUGCCUCCAUGGUAG